AAUAAAAAAAUUGACGAUUUACAUCCAGAAUUUGAAGUGUUUGAACAACAAUUAUUUGACUUUCCAGUAUGUAAGAAGUGUUUUUUUUUGUUAUUCACAAUAAGUUAUAAAAUCUUGAGGUGAUCAUCAAAACGAUAACUGGUGAUAAAAAUUCCAAGUAUUUUACCAUAUUAUUUUCGCUGGUUUGGAUACACUACACAAUAUGCCAAUAUGAUUUUUCAAAAGGAUCACUUUCAAAAUUUUUACUGAAUGUCUGAAUUUGACAAUUGUAAAACGACUCAAAUAUUGUACUGUAUUUAUUAAAUUUAACAAUAAUGUAUCCUCAUGCCCGAUUAUUUUGUUUGAGUAAUUAUGCCGGGAAAUUGACAGAGUUUUGGUCGAAUAGUAGUAGAUGUAUACAUCAAAUGAGUAUGAAAAAUAUUGUGAAAACACCGUUGAUUUGCGGUCAACCCACAGAUGAAUCUCAUCCCCAUUUAGUGAUGAAAGGUGAACUUGUACCCGGAAUACAAAAAGAAGAAUUUACGAUUAGAAGACGCAAGUUAAUGGAAUCUGUAUUGAGUACAAGAAAAGAUUUUUACCAUGUAAUUGUUAUACCGUCAGCCAUUAGGCAGUACAUGUCUGACCAUAUUCCAUAUCCGUUUAGACAAAAUACGGAUUUUUUAUAUUUUAGUGGAUGUCAGGAAACUGACAGUGCUUUGGUUUUGUGCGGUAAUUCUGUAGAUAACUUUACGUCAACUCUAUUUGUCAAGCCUUAUGAUCUUCAGUCUGAGUUGUGGAAUGGACCUAGUACAAAAGCUGAGUGUGCAUCGUUAAUUUUUGGUGUUGAUGGUGGCAAAACAUUACCCCAGCUUUCAGAAUUUAUAAUAUCUGAACUUAAAGGCCAUACAAAUUGUGUUCUAUGGUACAAUCAAAAGCAAAAAGUCCAAAGUGUUGUUGAUAAGACUGUUAAUAAUGCUGCUGCAGAAAAUUCAAUUUAUCUAGAUGAUAGUUUGGUCGAUCAUUGUCACAAAUUACGAUUAUAUAAGUCAUUAGCCGAACAAAGAUUAAUGCGACAAAGUUGUAAAAUAGCCUCUAAAGCUUUUAUUGAAGCAAUGAUGUCAACAAAACCAGGGUCAACAGAACAUGAACUGUAUGCUAGGUUAGACUUUGAAUGUCGAAUGGGUGGAGCUGAGUAUCUUGCAUAUCCUCCAGUGGUUGCCGCUGGAAAUAAUGCUAAUACCUUGCAUUACAUUGACAAUAAACAAAAAAUCAAGGAUGGGGAUUUAAUUCUUGUCGAUGCUGGCUGCGAAUAUCAUGGAUACUCAAGUGAUAUAUCUCGGACAUGGCCAGCAAAUGGAUGGUUUUCUGACGCUCAAAAGACAUUAUAUGAAGCUACUUUAUGUGUUCAAAAAGAAUUGAUUGACAUGUGUCAAGCUCGUCCAUCAUUAGACACAUUGUAUGAAGCCAUGUGUUUUAAAUUAGGAAAAGCCUUGGCAGCAGCCCAUGUAUUUAAAAAAAAUGUUGAUCCUUCUGAGCUAAAUAUGUUAGCUCGUGCAUUGUGCCCUCAUCAUGUUAGUCAUUAUUUGGGUAUGGACGUACACGAUAUUGGUACCAUCAAAAAAAGUAUUAAGACUGAACCUGGUUUUAUCAUUACAGUGGAACCUGGUGUUUAUGUAAGUAAAAAUAAUAUAAGAGUUCAUGAAGAAUUCCUUGGAUUGGGCAUACGAAUAGAAGAUGAUGUGUUGAUCACUGAAAACGGUAUUGAGGUGUUAAGUGAAGAUUGUCCUAAAGAAGUAGUAGAUAUUGAAAAAAUCAUGUCUAGGCAACCCAAAUGAUUUAUGUUGAGUUUGAUUAUUUUUAGCUGUUAUCGUUAUACCUUAUUAUAUUUAAGUCCUUUUACCACUUGUUUAAUGAAAAUUAUGACGAAUUUUUAAAGUAAAUGUUGGCUGUGUCCUGUUGAAAACAAUAUUAUGUAUAAUGUUUAUUGUGUUUACAUUCUAAUGUACUUGUUAACCAUACAUAAUAUUGUGUAUUUGUACAACUGUUAAAUAUAAUUUGAGUGUAAAAAUGUUUUACUUGUGUUUAAGAAUUUUACUGUGGAAAAUAUAAAUAUUUUAAACUGUAUAUUUUUCAUGAAGCAAAAAUGUAAAAUAUUAUUAUUUAGUAUUUACCAUCAGUGGAUGAUAAAAAAUUUAAAAUACCAAUACAUUUUUUCAUUUGUUUCAAAAUUAAUUUUAUUUCAUGUAACUAUCAUGUUAACUUUCAUGUAAAUAAAUUAUUCAUUGAUUUUAUCCAAUUAA